UCCAAAACGAUGGGAAAAAGUUGCACUGGAGUUCAAGCGCGGUGUCCUAUUGCGUGAUCUCCCGCAGCUAUCCUCAGGAAACCGAAUCAUCUCUAUUCACUGACCAUCAGCGCUGAGCGCCUACAGACACAGACAAGAGCGCUGCGCUGUGUUGUGUUGUGGAAGGGGGGAAAAAAAGAAAGAAAAUAACGAGAGCAGGAAUAAAACUUGUUUCAUGUUUUAAAUAUUUGAGAGCCGGCUUGUUGCAUCGGAGUCACCAGAGAUGAUGAAUUUGAUCCUCAUCUGCCUGUUAUGUGGAUUGUACGGCGUUCUUGCAAAGGAUAAAGAGCAAAAGGGGAAGUACAGUGUUCCCAUUCUGGAUGUGAAAACCCGGCAGCUGGUCCUGGACAUCAACCAGACAUUACUCCUCAACUGCAGGGGUCGCUGGGAGCUGUCAUGGGCGUUCCCAUCAGGUUUGGCCACAGAUCAGGUGCGAGUGGAGAAAUCUCGCUGUGGGAGGACGAGGCAGCAUUACUGCAGCCGUUUGACAGUGAGCCGCAGCCAGACUCAACACACCGGCCAGUUCCGCUGCAGAUACGAGCACAAAACCCAAAGACAGACCUUCAUCUACGUAUUUGUCACAGACAGCCAGCAGCCAUUUGUGGACCAGGGUAUGAACCCACAUGUGUUGUACAUGAGGGAGAAGCAUCCACUGAUCAUCCCCUGCCGAGUCACCCACCCAAAUGUCACCACCACACUGGUCAAGUUCCCCAACCACAGCCUGAGUCCAGACCACAGGAACAUUAUUUGGAACAGCAAGCAAGGCUUCACCAUCCGAACUCCCACCUUCUAUUACAUCGGCCCUUUCUUCUGCCAGACAAUCACCGACGGUGUCACACACAAGUCACGUAUAUACUUUGUACACAGACCAGUGAGUAACAUCAUGGACGUGUAUCUGAACACCAGUGGAUCUAUUGAGGCCCUGAAAGGAGAUAGAUUGGUGGUGAACUGCACUGCCACUGCGGAGUUGAACACCAGAGUCAACAUCACCUGGGACUACCCUGGAAAGAAUAGCAACGGCGGCUCGACUUCCAAGAGGAUCCUGAAACACCAAACGCACAUGUUGUUCUACAAUAUUCUGACCAUCCCAAAGCUCCAGCGUUCAGACCGAGGUCUCUACACAUGCCGUGUCACCAGCGGUGAAAAUACCAAACAAGUGAAAGCCACUGUCACUGUCUAUGACCGUCCAUUUAUUCGCCUGAAGCCGAGACAUGGAUCUGUGAUGGAGGUGCAGGCGGGACAGAAAUCUUACCGAAUCUCUCUCAAACUACAAGCGUUCCCGGCCCCUGAGGUCAUCUGGUUGAAGGAUGGCAUGGUGGCAGCAGAGCAGUGCUCCAGAUACCGCAUGGAUGGGAAUUCCCUGAUCAUCCGGGAUGUGGCAGAGGAGGAUGCUGGGAAGUACACUGUCCUGGUACGAAUCCAGGAACAUGGACUGUACCAGAAUCUGACACUCACACUUGUGGUCAAUGUGAGUCCUCAGAUAGGGGAGAAAGCGGUGUCGUUGCAGGACCCGGGCUCAGUGCCGCGGGGGAGCAGACAAGUCCUUCACUGCACAUCCCACGGGGUCCCUCCACCACACAUCCAGUGGCUCUGGCAUCCUUGCCCAUCCAAAGGCCUGUGUGUGUGUCCAAUGUCCUCCUCGCUAUGGAGCCCUGUGACAGAAAGAGUCCCCGCCAUGUCCACAAGCAACCACAUCCUGAGUGUUACGCACAGACAGGAAGUGCUUCAGGGGAAGAAAAAGACGGUGGGGGUCCUGACUGUGGCAGAGGCCUUGGUGUCUGGAGCGUAUCGCUGCGUUGCCUCCAACUCUGCAGGCACAGACCAGCUAGACAUUCACUUCUACGUCACAGACGUCCCAGGAGGCUUCAGCGUGAGCCAGAGGGAGGAAGCCAGAGAGGGCGGAGACCUUCAGCUCACCUGUGUGGCCAAUAAGUACCUGUACACGGCUUUGUCAUGGCAACGGGUGAACGGCAGAACGGCAGUGCUGAGUGGUCAGCAGCUCACAUCAGGGGAGUUCUCCAACUCUCAGGUCCUGUUGCUAAGCAACCUCACAGCCAGAGACUCGGGAGCCUACAGAUGCUCCGUCCGCCACCUCAUCACCGGACAGGAGACACACCUGGACACACAGGUGCUGGUCACAAUUUUGGAGCCUCCAGUGCUGCUUAAUAAUUUGACAGAUUGUACCGUCAACGUCAGCAGCUCAGUCAUUCUUAGCUGUCCCUCUGAGGGCGUCCCACCCCCAACCAUCACGUGGUACAAGGAUGAACGUGCUCUGUCUCAGGGAUCAGGUAUUGUGAUAUCACCAGAAGAUGGGACCCUCCAUAUUGAUCGUAUUACAGGGGAGGACCAAGGCCUGUAUACGUGCCAGGCCACCAAUGAGAGGGGAUCUGCAGAGAGCUCUGCCUAUAUAUGGGUCAAUAGUGCCUCAGAGGCCUCAUUUCUUGAGAUUCCCACACUCACCUGUACCUGUGUGGUGGCCACUCUCUUCUGGCUUUUGCUCACGCUCUUCAUACGCAAACUGAGACAGUCCAACAACUCAAACACCAAACAAGAGUACCUGUCGAUCAUUCUGGACACCGGAGAGGGGCCGAUAGAGGAGCAGUGUGAGAGACUGCAAUACGACCCCAACCAAUGGGAGUUCCCCCGAGAGCGACUCAAAUUAGGAAAACCUCUGGGCCGUGGAGCCUUUGGGAAGGUGAUGCAGGCAUCUGCGUUUGGUAUAGACAACAGCACCGGCUGCAGCACUGUGGCUGUGAAGAUGCUCAAAGAGGGAGCUACAGCCAGUGAACACAAAGCUCUAAUGACUGAACUGAAGAUCCUCAACCACAUUGGAAAUCAUCUGAAUGUAGUGAAUCUCCUGGGAGCCUGCACCAAGCAGGGAGGACCACUGAUGGUCAUCGUCGAGUAUUGUCGCUAUGGAAAUCUUUCUACCUUCCUGAAAAGCAAGAGGGAAGUGUUUGUGCACGAUGUGCCAGCCAAAGGGCCAGGAUGUGUCUGCAGCGUGUCUGACAGCCAGAGCAACAUUAGAACAGAGUUUGAUGAGAGAGAUGAUAAAGAGGAUGAGCAAGAUCCCACACCUUUAUUCCUGGAGGAUCUCAUUUCCUUCAGCUUCCAGGUGGCGCGAGGGAUGGAGUUUCUGGCCUCUCGCAAGUGUAUUCACCGAGACCUGGCAGCCAGGAACAUUUUGCUUUCUGACAAUAAAGUGGUCAAGAUCUGUGACUUUGGCCUGGCCAGAGACAUCUACAAAGACCCCGACUACGUCCGCAAGGGAGAUGCUCGCCUCCCUCUCAAGUGGAUGUCUCCAGAGUCCAUCUUUGACAAGGUGUUCACCACCCAGAGUGACGUAUGGUCCUACGGCAUUCUGCUGUGGGAGAUUUUUUCUUUGGGAGCGUCCCCGUACCCUGGUCUUCACAUCGAUGAAGAGUUCUGCCACAGGCUGAAGGGGGGAACAAGGAUGCGAGCGCCUGAGUACAGCACACCUGAAAUUUACAGCACGAUGCUGGCAUGCUGGGAGGCCAGUCCCUCAGAUCGACCCACUUUCCCUAACCUGGUGGAGACCCUUGGAGACCUGCUGCAAGAGAGGGUUCAGCAGGAAGGGAAGGAUUAUAUUCCUCUGGGAUCUUUUACACCAGGAGACAAUGAUCGCAGCGAGAAAGAAAACCCGCUUGCAGUCACAAACCUGAGUUACAUGCGGGGUAUGGCCACACUUCAGAUUUUUGAGGAACUGCACUGCGAGGAGCUAGACAGCUCUGAUGAUGAGCAGAGUGACAGCGGCAUGGUCCUACCAUCCGAGGAGCUGAAGCAUUUAACUUGGAAUAACGGCGCCAAGAACAGGAAACUCAGCAGGUUCUUUUCCUUCACUAAGUGUCGGGACAAACAGGCACCUUUCCUGUGCGGUGACACCACAGGUCUCCGUGACGACGACCCGUCUAUCUUGCCGUGUGAUUGGGAGUCUGACGAGGACGGCUCUCCUCCUCCGGACUACAACUCUGCUUUCCUCUACCCGUCCCUCUAGCAUAUGUUCCUGUCUAACUCUUUUGACGACUUCACACAGGGUAUAUAUAUAUAUAUUUUUUUCUGCUUGUCCUUUUGAGUCAGUCAGAACUCACGCUGCCUUUAACCUUUGCUGUUUGCAUCCUCUACCUCAUCAUAUUAUCUCCACGUAUUCUGAUUUUCUCUAGAUUUAACACAUGCUGGAAGCCUGUUCAGUGUUACCAAGUAUUAUCUUGCAAUACCACACGUAACCCCUUCAAGAGCAGCUACGUAUUACCUGAUUGUACUCAUCACAGUUAUGCAGAAUGUAUUUACCAACCUACAACUACUAGAGCUUAUUGUAUUGGUACCUCAUGUGCUGAGCUUUGUGAAGAGGAACACUGCUGUAUGAAUUAAUUGUUUCUCCUACACAAUUACUAUGCUGGAAAAGAAAAAAGUUGUUAUCCACUGAAUUAUAAUAUGUGUUAGACAGGAUGUAUCUGUAUUUAUUUGAAUGCUGUAAUCAUUUCCUGGACACUUGUUUGUGAAUGUAAAUAUUCACUCAGUUGUUGGUUUAUUAGAUAGUAGCUAGAUACAAUUAGUCUAACGCAACAGCAAUAAAAUGUACUUUCAUAAAGGUUAUAAUGUUCAGUUUUAUUCGAAGGGUGGACAAAAUAUUAGAAAAACCCUUCAGCAAAAUAUGUCAUGCAGUUGAAUCAUCUUUUUAAAACUUUAAGAGAAACAAUAUUACAACAAACACAGUCUAUUUCCCUGUUUUGGAUGGAAAAUCUGACAUUCUUUUAUUCACCCUCAAACAAAAAUCCAAAUUUAGUGAGCUCCAGCGCUCCUGCUGGAGGUUAGUGUGGAUGACUUUCGGCAGACCACACUGACAUUUAUUAGUCGCGCCCUCAUGUUAAGCCUUUCUGGAGAGGACUGUGCCAUUUGGGUGCGAUCUGAUUUCUCAUUUUACCUUUUCGUACCUUGGAAAGAUUUCUUUAGAGCAAAACAUAUUCCUUUAGGCCUCAGCGGAAGCGACUCAUACCUUUUGAAGAUCCUCUGAUGCUCCAGUGGAACCGUCCUACCAAAGUCCUUCUUAUUCACAUAAUCAACUCUGUCCACAUUAAUGAGAAAAUGAGUUUUACCCUUCAAUUACAAAAGGAGAAGGGGGAUAAAUACUGGGAUUGAUUUUAAAUCGGAUUGUUGUAACCAUGUAAACCUUUGUAUUUGUAUUCUUUUGAUCUUGUGGUCCAUGACCUGUACUGAUUCAGAUGCAACAGACCUUGUCUGUUCUAUGUUCACAAGAGCUAAAACAAAAUAUAAGGGCUGUUGUAUACAUUGGUUUUAGCUAGAUAUACCUAAUAACCAGACAAAUGAGUGUAUAUUUAAUUCUAUAUUCAUUAUGUUUUUAUAUAGAAUCAAGUCAUUAAGAAUCGACAUGCGUAUAAACUUCUUCACGCUGCCUUUUGCAAUAUAUUUGUAUUUCCCAAAUUAUUGAAUGCAUGAACAUUAUUUCAGUUAAGUGUAAUGAUUUCCCCAUACAUAUUCCUUUUUUUUCUCCAAACCAUUCAAGUUAAAUUAUUUUUUAAGCAAAACAUACCAAACAUUUACGACUUCCAGCUUCUCAUUUAUGAGAAAUUGCUGCUUUUCUUUGUCUUCAGUGACAGUGAUGUGAUUAUUUUUUUUGUUUUGGACAAAAACAUUUGCACAUAAUUUGCAUGUUUUAUAAGACCUAGACCUAUAUCUACACACAAUCUAUAUGUAUGUAUGUACUUGACAGCAUUUUGAUCUCGUUUCUCGUUUUCAGAUACAGAUUGCGUUAACAGAUUUUACAUGUGGUCUGUGAAUUAACAAGAAAAACUGUCAACUAGCUCACAUUUUUUCAAACAAGUGAGAUAUACAUCACACAAACAUUGUCGACCGUUACCAAGACAAACUUCAAGGUUUGUGCAGCCUUGGUGCAUUGUAUUUGCUUGUAUUUAGUUUUAAAGGAUGCUUAAUCAUUGAAAAUGUUUUUAAUGUUGUCUCUACGCUUCUAUAAACAUGUUUUAAAGCAUUUGAUUUAUGUCCUUGAAUGCAAAAAAAACCCUCACAAAAAUCCUGCAUGUAUCAGUUUUGGUAUUCUUUAUUAAAAUACUGCUGUACACACAAAUAUUGCAAAAUUUGAGACAAUGAACACAAGAGGGGCAUAAAACAUACUAAGAUGGUGAUUGUAGGUGUGUUGAUGUGGGGGAGGAGAAGAUGGUCAUCACUAAUAUUAACUGGAGUGUGUGUUAUUGAUGUGGAAGAUGGUGAUAUGAGCACUGACAUUGUGUAGGCCGAGUUGGGGGCGUGUGUGUGUCUGUGUGUGUUUGAGGGUUUUCUAAAGCACCACAUUCACCAAAUGUGUUUUUGUCCGUUUUUACUAAAACUGAGGAAGUAGUACAUGAUCUUACACAGCUGGCUCCCUGCAGGUUUGUUGCCCUUGAGCACAGGCCAUGAACAUCCGUGACAACCGUCUGCAGCCAAGACACUGUUCUCAAUUGAGCCCUUCACCUCAAUUUGUCUCAUAUCCGACAGCGCUGUUCACACACAUUACCUUGGUGUUCUACGGUAUUACGUUUGUACACAUUCUGCCAAAAGUACUGAGAAUAAAACGAAGGCAGAGGAAUCAAGAACAGAGCUUGGACUGAUCUCUUUACCUCGGGUUUGCACUCGAUUAAUUUGGUCAGUGUCCUGUGCUUAAGGGCGACACGAAACCCCUCACAGCAUGAUCUUCACAAUGCCGUUAACUUCCUAAAAACCUCAAUCUGAAGACGUCCCACCCACUCCCACUGUAGCUCAUCUAUCUGACUGGACAGGGGGCAGCCAAUGACAGCCAAAACACAUUCAAUCAUUGGGCCCCUCCAGCUGUUUGUCAUCCUGAGAGAAAUCCAAGCCUUUCAGAGUGAGUGCAACAGCCAGCGACCACUGCUUUGUCUCCAGCACGAAUGUAUAUCAUGAUCUUUAAAAGUCAAAUUAAAAAAAAUAAACUGUUGGUGCCCUGAUCCUAUUCUCUCCUUCGCCCUCCACCCCUUCCCCCUUUCCCUAAACCCCUGCUGGAAUUGGUCCACAGAAUAACAAAGAGUUGAAUUGAGGCCAAAAAUUAAUUGCCCUCAUUCCCUCCCCCCCAUCAUGCAUUCCUGCACAAAAUCUGAGCAAAGAGAAAAACCAGCUAGAAAAAUCACAAAAAGCAUCACUUUUUUUUCUCAAAUGUCGAGGGGCCCGAGACCCCCUGAGGGGGCAGUGAAGUGUGGGAUGAAAGCAGGAAGAAGAAGGGAGAGUAAGAGAGAGACAGAGAAAAGGGGACAUUGGGGGGGCGGGGGACAAAAUAAGGACAUUCCACAUAGAGGCAGCUGUGGCUCCACCUCAAAAGAAGCCCCACCCGCGGGCUACACCCAAGUGCUGGACAGCCAGACCGAAAAUGACCCAUCCUUGAGCAGUUCAUGUCACGAUAGCGUCCAUUUAACCAAAGGUGGUUGCUGUGUACGUAACAAACACUUGGUUGACGGCAUCAGGAGAAGACACCCCUUCCACAGUGCCAACAAAAAAACACAUUUUAACCCCCCCCAGAUCUCAAGUCCCAGUCCAUGCCGCUUGCCCACCCACCCACACAUAUGAGCCUCCACAAUCUCCUGAACUAAAAUGUCAGAAAUCCGCAGAUUUUUUUUCCAGUUUUACAAACCAUUCCCACCCACCCAAGUGGUUUGUCCUUUCUGAGGGGGUAACCGACAACUAAGGCAAAGGUGGGCUGGCCCAUUUCAUGAAACAGGUGCCAUCCCACCCCAACGAAAGCCUCGAGUGGUGUGCCCCUGUGUCCUAGUGCGUCAUUAUGAAGGGGUGUGGUCUCCAGCCUGAAGAGGGACACAGUCAAUAGAAAAAAAGCUGGAUUUCUUUGUUUGUUUGUUUUUUGUCAUUCCUAGUCUGCUCUUGUAUUUAUGUCCGUGUGUGUGACUUUAGCUCUCUGUACACCCUGUAGGCCACUCACACAUAUUCAUAAAAAUAACAAAAAAUUAACAAAAAAAUUAAAAUCUUAGUGCAUCCUCCUCUGAAAAAUAAACCCCAAUUGUAGAAAUAAACAAUAAAA